UACCUUACGAAAACCCUCAUCUUCAUUCUUCUCUCCAAAACCCUCGUUUCAAUCUCACUCUGUGCAACAAACAAUGGCUCAAACCCUAACACGCGCUAUCACCGCCCUCUCCACGCGCCACUCCAAAGUCACUUUCUUACUUUCCAAGCGCCUCCACUCCACUGUUACCAUCACCGCUCCUCCGCCCCUUCCUUCUCUCCUCUUCAGCCGUCGCUCUCUCGCUCCUCUCGCCCACGCUGUCCAAAGAAUCUCACCCUCCACAUGCUUCUCCCAAAUACGAUGCCGUGUCAACCGCUCCGGAAGCUCCGCCUACUCGCCUCUCAACUCCGGUUCCAACUUUAGCGACCGGCCUCCCACUGAAAUGGCGCCGCUGUUUCCGGGCUGUGACUACGAGCACUGGCUGAUUGUGAUGGACAAGCCCGGUGGUGAAGGCGCAACUAAACAGCAGAUGGUUGAUUGUUACAUUCAAACCCUAGCUAAAGUUCUUGGAAGUGAAGAGGAAGCAAAGAAGAAGAUCUACAAUGUUUCAUGCGAAAGAUAUUUUGGAUUUGGCUGUGAGAUUGAUGAGGAGACCUCAAAUAAGCUUGAAGGCUUGCCUGGUGUCCUGUUUGUGCUUCCGGACUCUUACGUUGAUCCUGAAAACAAAGAUUAUGGCGCUGAGUUGUUUGUGAAUGGAGAGAUAGUUCAAAGAUCACCUGACAGACAGAGGAGGGUGGAACCACAGCCCCAGAGAGCACAGGACAGACCAAGAUACAAUGACAGAACCCGAUAUGUGCGUCGCAGAGAAAACAUGCGUUGAAACACAAAAUAGGGAAGCUGGCUGUAUAGAGUAAUCUUGGAGUUGGAGGCAACAAGGGAGUGGGAGCUUUUCUAUUGGGUUUAUGGUUGAGAGAAGACUUAAUCCUUUCCAGGAGUUGAACUUUAAAUAUGGAUUAAUUAUUUAAUGUUUGUGGUUUGAACACUAUCGGAUGCUAUCUUGCUGAACUCUUCUGAGGUUAUUGUUAAACAUGUCAUUUGGGAUGCCUGAAUGGGUAUUUUGAUAAAUGAUCAACUACUAUUUGCUAGUU